GUCGAGACUCUGCGCUUUCGGAGAGCUGGACGGAGGAAAGUUCGAUUAAUAUAGGACCUGGCAGCUUGUAUAAAUACCUCGACAAGAUGUUGACCCCUAAUAGUUGGACUGUCCUCGUGCUGAAUAACAUUAGACUCAGGUGGUGCUUGAGUUCUAAACCCAUGGAGGAGCUCAAUGCAGGCCGUUUGCAGUUUCUGUACACUAGACUGUUGUGGACCAUUCCCGAGGAGGAUGAGCGUGAAGAGGAGACCACUUUUCCCAUGCAAAUCAAGCUCUUCACGACUCCCAGAAAUGAAAAUCUCGUUCAUUCCAGACAGCAGGCAGUGAUGAAGACUCCUCCCUCUGGCGGAGCAUGUCGAUGCAAACGCUUCAUGAAGAGCAUUACGCGCUUCACUUCACUCAAGAAGCUGUGCAAGAGUCGGAGAGUUCACCACCGCACCGAGACUGAAGCAGUCGUCGAGGAGUUCUCGAGAGCAAUUCCAAUUCCUCCUUGCCCCCGCCGAAGCAGAGCGAAUGAGGAGGUUUUGGGCAGUCAGUGUAAAGAGGUCAUGGAACUUUACACGGAUAUUUCCGAGGGUAAACUUCCUCUCGAGAAACUCCUGGACUUGAGAUUAUGACGACUUUCCUCCCCAUCCUCAUCUGCAACAACAAGAACAAAAUUCCAAAAUCGCAGCAGUUGAUGUGGAGUUGCUCUAGCAGCUCAUGCGUUGUCCCCUCAAUCUGUAGCCAAUUUGUAGAUAAUCAUAUUGCUCUUGAUAGUCAGGCUCUACUUGCAUCAUAGGUUCAGUGAAGUGGAAACAGGCACGAGGAAAGCAUGUGUAAGUACAGAGAUAUAGACGUCUAUUGAAUGAGUGAAAUCACGAAUAGACGUGAAAAUUAAGACUUUGCAAAAUCAGAGUUGUACAUGUCAAUUGGGUAGAUAGUGAACUUAGCACUACAGCUAGCAGCUGAAGGGUAAUUUUUCAGUAGAAUCAAAUAACUUGUGUGUUGUGAUAGAUAGAUACUCUUGCGAGAAAAUUCCCUAUCGUUUUGUAUGAAUUUUCAUCGAAGAGAAGGAGGAAGGAGUUCUUUCUAUAAUCUGUACAAGACAGGUGGAGAUGAAGUUAUUUCAGGUCAUCACGUUUGAGGACACUACACCAGCAACCACAUGCAAAUGAAUUAUGGUAUAUCCGAAGAAGAUUCAAUGCCGUGUACAAGGAAAGAGAAGAGCAUAUUUGAGGCAAUAUGAGAUCUCUAGGUCAGGGAUAGCUGUUGAAUGUAGUUCGUCCUAUCAAUGACACCAAGGACGAGGAGUGGCAUCGUCAAUCGAAUUUUGAGAUGAUGGAGCAAAUGUGGGAGAAAAUGGCUGCUAGCAGUUCAGGGGUAACAAGGUGAAGAAGAAUGGGUGAAAUCGUUGACGCGUCGUCACAGAACGCCGCCCUUCUUCACACCACAAAUUAAUUCAAGCGUCCAGAACUAUGCAGCACUGCGUAUCAAGCCGGGAGCGCCUGACAUUGCAAAUAUUUGAGAAGUAUGCGUUCCUUCAGGGCAGUAACGGAAGGCCUUUAUCCCACCUUAAGACUCCAAGCUUUUGGCUGCAAGUGAUGGAUCAUGGUGUCAGAGCUACCAAGUUUAAUCAAUUUGGCAGAGAGACCGGGCAGUGAGAAUUCAUUUAGAGAAGUCUCUGCUUGAGAAGACGACACUCAGUUUCAAUGGUUCCAAAAUAGGCUUUUGCCACUUUCCAACAAGCUGCACUGAAAUGUAAUGCGUAGUUUAUUCCACCCCAAAAAUCAGUAGCCUGAAAAACAUGAGUCUUAGGUCAAUAAUAAAAUUAGCUUGGCCUGCCUGAUUGUCGAAUCCGACAAGCAGGAUGUACAAACGGGAAAUAUGUAUAUUGUUUUGGAUCAUAUUUGCGAAACCGUC